AUGGAAAUGACAGUAUCCACCAAGCGAUCUUCAAUCAAGGACGAUAAAGAUGGCAAUGAAACAUUGUCAUUCCAUGCGGUGCGCGACCGAAGGCCUGAAACCCUCCAUUUGUCCCAUGACGCCAUCUUCAAGACUGCCCAACUUGAACUGAAGAACAGCAAUGAACUUCGGAAGUGUCACAUAUCCUUGGAAGAGGUUCGAGACUACGUCAACCUGACUGAAGACCUUAUUUCUUCUGCCAUUCCCGACAUCCAUCCCGAUCAUCAUGCACAAGCUAUCAAGGCAGCCAGAAGUCGUCUUUCCAAGCUGAAAGACGGAUUAACGGCCUUGUAUGACAAACUCACUCCCGAGUCUGUACCAUGCCUGCACAAAGUGGCUUUUUACGUCCACAAUUCAAUCCCAACUACUUCAUGGAGAAUCGACACCCCAGACGAUCGCAACAAAGGUCUUGUCGCAACCUUGACCUUGAUAACUCCAACUGGCACGCUGAGUAUACACAACGUGUAUAAUCGGAACUUGACAAUCGACGUCGACCUACUGGUAGACUAUAUCAAGAACUUCAAGGGCGACGCUAUCCUGCUGGGUGACUUCAACCUUCACCACCCUCUCUGGAGUGGAGAAGGCCGAGGAAAUGUUACCAGCCAGAGUAACCUAUUCGCCAGCCGGAUUGUCGAGAUGGGCCUUGAACUCCAGACCAAGAGAGGUAAACCACCUGAACCAAAAUCGCCCGUCAACAUUUCAAAAGACCUCACUGAAGACGAGCUGCUCGCUAUCUUGAAGGACAUCAAAACCGGCAAGUCUACUGGGGAGGACGAAAUCCCCAACGAGGCCAUUCGACUUGGCCAGGAGGCCUUAUUCCCGUAUCUUCUCGAUGGAUUUAGGGCUUGUAUUCGACUACGCACACAUCCUGAGUGUUUCAAGAAGGCUAUCAUAGUCAUGAUUGCCAAGCCCGGCAAGGAUCCAAACCAUCCCAACUCCUAUCGUCCUAUCACCUUGCUGUCGCAUAUUGGUAAGCUUUACGAGAAGAUCAUUGCCAACAAGAUCACUCGUGCCAUCAGGGAGAAUCCUGAUAUGCUUCCUCCCACCCAGUUCGGAGGCAAGUCUACCACGGAAGCCCUUCUGUAUAUGAUCAAUGUCAUCCAUGACGCAUGGUAUUCCCCUCACGACAAGGUCGUCACAAUCCUCUCUCUCGACAUGUCCGGUGCUUUCGACAACGUCCUACGAGACAAGGUCCUCGAAGAGAUGGCUCGGGUAGGAUUACCGGCGUGGAUCAUCGAGACUGUCGCGUCGUUUCUUUCAGACCGAGACGCCAAGAUGCGCAUGCCAGGCAUUGUGUCUGAUGAAUUUGAGUUGAACACGGGCAUCCCCCAGGGAUCGCCACUCUCACCCAUCCUAUUCCUCAUCUUCGCUGCGCCCCUACUCAACGACUUGGGAAGCCACCUUGGUAUGCAGAAGAUCUUCACAAACGAGGGCAGGGAAUGCUGGGUAGAUCUCUACGCAUUCGCUUUUGUUGAUGAUAUCUACUUCAUAGCUGUCUCCAACAGCUACCAACUCAACUGCGAGGGUAUCACCCGCCUUCACACAGAACUCAUCGACAUCGCCCAGAGGCUGCGCGCAACCUUCGGAGCUCCCAAAUACCACACCAUGCACAUGCAUUCGCCUUUCGGGAAGAAACGUCACAACAAUGAGAUACCCGAGAUCCCUGGAGUCACGGAGCUUCCCCAACCUGUCCUUACCAUUCUUGGCGUCGAGGUCGAUUGUCAGCUGACCUGGAAAGCUCAUAUUGACAAGAUCAUCGAGAAGUGCAAAUACAGGAAACAACAAAUGAUGCGAAUAUCUGGAGCUACUUGGGGACCAAAACUCCACUCCAUGCGCCUGUAUUACCUCACCGUCAUUCGCCCCGUCAUCACCUAUGGUUGUGGCGCGUGGCUUGUCAAGCCUCUUCAGAGUGAAGACCUCCCAAAGGGGGUACUGACGGCUAAGCAACUCGAGAGCCUUCAAUCUUUACAAGGAGACAUCUUGAGGCAUGUAUCGGGCUGCCACGGCAAAACCGCGCGCAUCUUCAUCGAGAAGGACCUAUUCAUUCAGGACAUAUUGGUUGUUCUGUACACUCAGGCGUGCCUGCAGAGGGUCAAGAGCAUGAGCGGCACUGAUCUAAGGUGGCGACUUGCGUUGAACUCCAAGUAUAACCCGACGAAACAUACAAGUCCGACGCACAUCUUGAACUUGGAGUGCAACGACCUUAUUCUUGAGGCAUGCAAAUCCUAUGCCAAGGAUGCUGCUCUCAGGUGCAAGGUGGGUAACUCUGGUCCAUACGAUCAGGCCGUUGAGCGGAUUACAAAUCGAGCGACCCGUGUGGACAUUGUCUCCAACUACCUCAAGCGACAAGCAACAAAGGAAUGUGAGGAACUUUGGAACGCCUACGUCGACGAUCGAAUCCAGAGCUUAGAGGCUCGUGGCGGCAAUCGCAAGACUCUUCCACCAGCUAUAAUUGACGAGCCAUGGAGCAAGCGUAGUCUUGGCUACUACGAUGGACUGACCAGGGCACAAAGCUCCAUGCUCUUGCAAUGUCGAAGCGAGUUCAUUGGCCUUAUAAGCCAUCUGUACACUAUCAAGCUGUCGGAAUCUCCGGCCUGCCCCUGCGGUGGUGGGCGACAGACCCCAUUUCAUUGCUUUAUCCAAUGCAGGAAUCUUGACAAUGCCCGAGAAUUGUUACAGGAGAAGCUAGGUUACACCAACUACAAGGACCUUUUGACAGUUGACGGUAAGAUUGCUGCUCAAUGGGCCAUUGCCUACUUCGACAUCGAGCAGUACGACCCUGUUCGUGCAAAGUCUACCUGCUUCCCCGUCGAUCCGAACUUCUUCUCAGAACGGGCCAAUUCCAACAACCUACUGCAAGUUUCCACUCUCGCUCAACAAAGGGCCUAUCUGGAUAGCUCUACUUCAGACCCUACCGAGAAGUUUUAUUAG